AUGAAUAUCCUUUUCCAAGGGAAAAGGGCCCAGGGGGGAAAUCGUGUUCGUGGUGCCCAUUUCACACUCACUUUUUGUAACUCCACGAAUGCCUACCUUGCUUUCAAUCUUUCUAGAAUCCCGAGGGCACCUCCCAACACACCAAGUUCCCGAAUUGCUGAAAGGCAAAGAAAACCCGUCACCAAGGCAACAGAACGCGAUUUCACGCAAAAUGGACGCCGGCUCCCGUUGCUCGGCAGUCCCAGGAAGUUACCUCGCGUAUUUCCGGUUUCGUAUUUCCGGCCCCGCUCGUUCCGGCGCUCGCGCCGUUCUCGUGGCUCCUCUCGGUGCCGGUGCUGGAGCCCGGCUCGGGUUGAAGUAGCUAUGGAUUCUUUGGAUCGAGUUGUAAAACCCAAAACAAAAAGGGCCAAGCGAUUCCUUGAGAAGAGAGAACCCAAGCUGAGUGAAAAUAUUAAAAAUGCCAUGCUGAUUAAAGGGGGAAAUGCCAAUGCCAUAGUGACACAAGUUCUCAAAGACAUGUAUGCACUGAAAAAACCAUAUGGUGUUCUAUAUAAAAAGAAAAACAUUACAAGACCAUUUGAGGAUCAGACAUCACUGGUAAGUACAACAUGCUUGGUUUAUUUUCUUUUUUUAGAUUUUUUCAGAGGUCCCACAGUAUCAAAUAUCCGUCUGGCUGGAUUAGAGUAUAUUUUGCACUUCACUGCACUGAAUGGGAAGAUUUACUUUCGAAGUUAUAAGCUGCUGUUGAAGAAGUCUGGCUGCAGAACACCACGGAUUGAGUUGGAAGAGAUGGGGCCGUUGUUGGAUUUGGUUCUGAGAAGGACCCACCUGGCCUCAGAUGAUCUUUAUAAACUGUCUAUGAAAAUUCCAAAAGCUCUCAAGCCAAAGAAGAGGAAAAAUAUCUCUCAAGAUACUUUUGGUACAACUUAUGGAAGGAUACACAUGCAGAAACAAGACCUAGGCAAACUACAAACCAGGAAAAUGAAGGGAUUGAAGAAGCGACCUGCAGAAAAGAUAACAGAAGACAAGGAGACAAACCCCAAGAAAAUUAAAAAAAGUUAAUAGAACUUAGCCAAAAGUCCAGUUUUAUUGUGGUGUAUUUACUUAAGAAAUUUGUCAAGCUCAGACCAUUCAGUUUCUUAAAUGAUUUUAUUGUAUAUUUUUAUAACAUAAUUUGCUAUGUAUAUUUGAGCUACUUUUAUAAUUUCUUUUAAAAAAUUACGUAGUUGUACAAGAGAUUACAGUUCCAUAAGUCAGUUAGUAGUACAGUGCAUCUUGAUCAUUCAUAUUUUAUGACUGGUAAUAUACUGAUACUUUGCUUAAAGUAAGCCCUUUUUUUGUGCUGUUAGAUUUGGUUAUGCUGUUUUUUAUCUGAUGUGUUAUUCUCAUUCUCCAAAAACCUCUUUUCUUCGGGUGGGUGAAUGAAUGAGUGAGGUGGAACUGAGGUAGAAGUAUCACAAGUUUCAGGCUAGCUUAAGCUGGGUCAUGACAUCUGCCAAAA